AGAGAGUCAAGUCUUGUCAGUGUCAUAUGGAAGUCAAAUGUCAAAUGUUAAAGAUUUCCCCCUUCCCCACUAAACAUCGCUAUUUUGAUAGUCAUUUUCAAAUUUUCAUUACUUCUUGAAAAUAUCAAUUAUUUAUAAAUAAUACACUCUUCUUAAGGUUUUCAAUCAACGGUUAUCUCCAAUUAACAAAAUGUUUCUCACAAGAAGCGAAUACGACCGUGGAGUGAACACCUUUUCCCCAGAAGGACGCUUAUUUCAAGUAGAAUAUGCCAUUGAAGCUAUUAAAUUAGGUUCCACUGCUAUAGGAAUAUCUACAAGCCAAGGGGUAGUACUUGCUGUUGAAAAACGUAUCACUUCACAGCUUAUGGAACCAACGACUAUUGAAAAGAUUGUAGAAGUCGAUAAGCAUAUCGGUUGUGCUGUAUCUGGCCUCAUUGCCGAUUCCAGAACUAUGAUUGAUAGGGCUCGCAUCGAAUGCCAGAACCACUGGUUUGUCUACAAUGAAAAUAUGACUGUCGAGUCAUGUGCUCAAGCAGUAUCCAACUUGGCCAUUCAGUUUGGAGAUUCGGAUGAUGAUGGGGCAGCUAUGUCUAGGCCUUUUGGUGUAGCAAUUUUAUUUGCUGGUAUCGAUGAAAAAGGUCCCCAACUUUAUCAUAUGGAUCCAUCUGGUACUUUUGUUCAAUUUGAUGCCAAAGCUAUUGGUUCUGGCUCAGAAGGUGCCCAACAGAGUCUGCAAGAAGUCUACCAUAAGAGUAUGACGCUAGAAGAAGCCACCACUUCGGCACUGACAAUCUUAAAACAAGUUAUGGAAGAAAAAUUGAACUCGUCAAAUGUUGAAGUGAUGACUAUGACUCCUGAUAAGCUGUUCCAUAUGUUUUCUAAAGAUCAAGUAGAAGAGGCUCUGACUCGUGGACUUCUUGUAGAACAUCCUGUAACCUUAACUGUUGGACAGAAAGCCUAACCUCAUCACCAUUUCACUAACGUUAUUAACCCAUUUCAUACCUAAUAUGCUUUUGUGUUGUCUUGUUGAUAAUAAACAUUUUUAUAAUAUGAUAAAGAUAUUCAGUUCAUUCAUUAAAUAAAAACAGUUUUCAGAAUGACCAUUUAUUUAUUUAAAUCUAAACCUACAAUACCAAUACUUAACAUUUCCUCAGAAGAUAAGGUAAGUCCAAAUUCUUGUAGUACUUUGGAAUCGAUGAAUCCCCGUUGGGUUAGACCAGCUAUAACUGACUGAUUUUCUAAGUUGUUUUCACAAAUGUUACGAAUAGCAUAGAUAACCCAUUGUAUUAUGACUAAAAUAAUUGGUUAAGAAAAAUACAUAGCAUUUGAAAUACUUGACAGGAGCAUAUUCUUUUCAAUCAUUUACAUCAGCUUUUAUUAAAGGUUCAAUCUGUUAUCAUUUGUUUAUAACUAACUCAAAAGGCUUUGUGCUGCUGAUAUAGUAAAGGUGACAUACUGUGGGAAGGCCACAGAUUGGCAUGUGAUAUGUGUGACACUCACUGUUAUCCCCAAACGAGGCUGCUUGAGUGUCAAACAUGUUAGUUGAAUUAUGCAUGAUGGCAUAUACAUACAUGCAUGAUAAAAAAAAGAGAAAUAGACAUAUUGAUGAAACAACGUUCUAAGUGGGUGAAAGAAUCGCUUUUCAGGUGAUAAGAUUUACAAAUAAAUUUAGUGGAAGAACAUACACUAGUCUGCGGCCGCCUUUCCAUAGAAUUUGAACCGAUACUGGCCAGGGUAGAUGGACUUGACUAUACAAGGAUUGUGUACUGUAAUAGAGACAAUACUAUUCAGGCUGACAUUGCUAGUGAUCUGGAAUUAGUAAAUUAUUGGUUAAUAUCGCAUAAAUCAAUGCCUAAUAUAAGGUAAGUUAUCCUAUGUUUUUAAGUAAAAGAAAUUUAAACAAUAACCAGAACAUUAUGAUUGGCUUUCAAAACUGCAGUAUUCUGUAUACGUACAGUAUUUGGGACUGAUAAACAUCACAUUAACUUUGGCAAAAUCACAUAGAGCGAGUGAAAAAAGAAUUGCAUCUUUUAUGGGGGAUGUAUAGGGAAGCUCUUGAUAUCUAUAUGAGAAACAGCUCAGCCAUUUACAUUAUUUGUUGUAAUCAUGUAAGAGUCAACAAACUCUUACAUAAUCACUAUUAUUCUCUUGAAAAGUACAUAUUUAUUAUAUACUAGCUUUCUGUUCCUUGUAGUUCCUUGUGAAUAAUACCUACUCUGCAAUCAAUAUUGAACAGCAGUUUCAAACAAAAAGGAUACACGGAUUUUUGGCAUCAAUAUUACAUGAGUCUAGAAGUAUUGGAAUUAUUUCUCCUUCUCUUGCCUAAAAAAAUUAAAUAAAUCAAAAUAGAUAUAAUUACUGUUAGGUAACAAAUUCUUUUACCAAAUUUUGCAUCAUCUGGUUUUUCCAACACAAAUUUCCAAUUAACCUAACCAAGUCGGCCUUAAAGCCAAAUGCAGGAUUUCUCGUAAUAUCCUCACUAGGAUUGUUUAUUUCUGCCAACUUAAGUAUAGGAGUGAACACAUUGUUUGAUGCUUUUCCUAUUCGAUGUAAGUUUAUGAGCAAGACGCUGGCAUUUAUUAGAAGAUCUUUAUUAUUUUGUAAAAAAGCCAAACUUUUUUCAUUACUUGAUAUACAUGCAAGAAGUUUUAGGACACAUGAGACUUCUUCUAC